UGAUGGAGCUUCAGCGGCGUUUGGUUGAGAGAGAGGAGGAGACCCAUUCCUCUGUGGGUAAUGAUGUCACCUUCGCACAAGCCAGUCUAUGGAGUUGGCUCGCGUUUCAAUGGCUGAAUCCACUUUUCAGACAAGGCCGAGUUCGGAAACUCGAGUUCCGCCAUGUUCCUCCGGUUUCCCGGUCAGAAUCCGCCGACAACGCUCCCUCUUCCCUCGAGGAGUCUCUCUCCAAGCAAAGGUUCGAGGAUCUGACUCUGCCUUUCGCCAUUGCAAGAACCAUUAGCCAUUCUCGCACGCUCAACGCCGUUUUCGCAGUGCUCAACACUGUUGCAUCGUACGUUGGGCCAUUGCUUAUAACGACAUUCGUGAACAUCUUGCACGAGAAACAGACAAUCUCCAGUGACGGUCUGGUUCUUGCCUUUGUCUUCUUCUUCGCCAAGACAGUGGAGUAUUUGAGUGCUGCAGACAUUGGUACAUGUCCGAACCCAUAAGUUUCAGUAACAGUGAUUUCAUAUACUUCUCCACAAGUAAAUUUCAAAACUCAUGGUUACACUCAGUCAAUAGACAAAAUGGAAUACACUUUCUUCAAUUUCAAAAUGGAAAAUUCUUCAUAAUUUAUCAAUUUAUAAACUAAAAAUUGAUGAUGAUUCUCUUUCUAGUUUAUAAACCAAUCACAUUUUAAAAAACUGUCACAUAGGAUACUUAGGUGGCUUCAUGAGAAGCCUUCAAAUCCAACUUUUAUAUAUAUAGAUUUAUAAUGGACGUGAUUAUACAAACAGAACAUAUCAAAUACAAUCCUGAAGAUUCAUUCCAUGGGUGUAAAACUACCAAAACUGUUUGAAU